CUUGGAUGUCAGGAUGGCAGCGUCGAACUUGGAGAACCAGCUGCACAGCGCCCAGAAGAACCUGCUGUUUCUCCAGCGGGAACAUGCCAAUACGCUCAAGGGCCUGCAUGCCGAAAUCCGACGGCUGCAGCAGCACUGCACAGAUCUGACGUAUGAGUUGACUCUCAAAAGUUCAGACUUGACAGAAAAUGGGAGUUCAAGGAGUGAAGAACUCAAGAGAAAGUGUGAAGAGCUCGAGGCUCAGCUCAAAGAAAAAGAGGCCGAAAACAACGAGUUGCUAAAGGAACUGGAGCAAAAGAACGCCAUGAUCAUGGUCCUUGAGAACACCAUCAAGGAGAGGGAGAAGAAGUACCUGGAAGAGCUCAAAAUGAAAAGCCAUAAGCUGAACAUGCUGUCGAGCGAACUGGAACAGCGGGCCAGCACCAUCGCGUACCUCACCUCCCAGCUGCAUGCGACGAAGAAAAAGCUCAUGAGCUCGAGUGGGACUUCUGACAGCUCCCCUUCCGGAAGCCCUGUGCUGUCCAGCUAUAAGCCGGCCCCUCCCAAAGAGAAGCUCCCGGAGACGCCACGGCGCAGAAUGAAGAAGAGCCUGUCUGCCCCGCUUAACCCCGAAUUUGAGGAGGCCUACAGGCUGGGAUCGGACGGACGGAAGCUGCUGCUGCGGGAGCCGCUUGACGCCAUGCCUGACCCCACGCCCUUUUUGCUGGCCAGGGAAACGGCCGAGAUCCACCUGCUCAAAGAGAGGCCUUUGGUCAUCCCGCCCAUUCCUUCCGAGCGCCCCUGCGCAGAGCCCCACAGCCCGGCGCGGGAGAAGCAGCACAGGGCUCACGUGGGCGUGGCGCACCGCAUCCAUCACGCGGCCCCUCCCCAGGCUCCGCCAGAGGUUGAGACGCUGGCGGUGGAUCAGGUGAACGGGAGCAAGGUGGUCCGGAAGCAUUCGGGGAAGACAGACAGAACUGUUUAAGCCAACCGUUUGGGGGCGGGGGGUGACUCUCUUUAUGCACUGUGAUCACAAAUAGGGUUAAUUGCAUCUGCGG